GCGCACAGCCCGUACCCCGACACCCCCGCCGCCGCGUCCCGGGCACACUCUCCAGGGCCGCUCCCGCCCGGGCGGGACGGGUAGGGGGUUCUGGAGGUCCCGGCUCCAGCCCGCUCAGCUUACCCGCACUCCGGACUCCGCCCCCUGCCCGUGCCCGCCCCCUUUCCUGCUGUAGCGCCGCGCGCGUGCUCCCCGCCCCCUCUGUCCGUCCCGGCAGGGGAAGGGGGCGGGCCGCGCGGGGGGUGUGACAGCUCCCGCCCGGACCCGUGCCAGCUUCAGCCUCGCUUCAGCGCCCGGUGCCAGCUGGCUCUUUCGUCUGGGACGGAGGGGAGGCUCGGGGCUCCUUGUCGCUGGGGGUGGGGGGACGCCUCCCCCCCACACACCCCAGCUCUCCCUCCACCCAAGAGGAGCCUCUCCACCCAGCUCGGGCUGCCCUGGCAGCGGGUCCAGCUAGGAACUGGCCUGCUCACUUCGCCUGGGACUUACAGCCCAGGGCACGCAGGGGCUCGUUGGGGGGGCUCCCGCCACCCCCAGCCUUUUGCUAGAGCCUGCACGGCUGUGCGAGCUUGAGGAGGAACAUGAAGGUGAGCUGGCCAGGUGAGAGCCGCUGGCAGGUGGGCCUGGCUUUGGAGGACAGCUCAGUUCUGGGAGCACCACCGGUGGGAGGCCUCCCGGACGUGGUGCCGGAGGGGACGCUGCUCAACAUGGUGCUGAGGAGGAUGUACCGGUCCCGAAGCUGCUCCUACCAGCUGCUGCUCGAGCACCAGCGCCCCAGCUGCAUCCAGGGUCUUCGCUGGACGCCACUCACCAACAGCGAGGAGUCCCUGGAUUUCAGCGUGAGCCUCGAGCAGGCCUCCACGGAGCGGGUGCUCAGGGCCGGGAAGCAGCUGCAUCGACAUCUCCUAGCCACCUGCCCCAACCUCAUCCGAGACCGAAAGUACCACCUCAGGCUCCACCGGCAGUGCUGCUCUGGCCGAGAGCUGGUGGACGCGAUCUUGGCCCUGGGGCUGGGGGUCCAUUCCCGGAGCCAAGCCGUGGGUAUCUGCCAGGUGCUGCUGGAUGAAGGGGCCCUCUGUCAUGUGAAACACGACUGGGCCUUCCAGGACCGAGAUACCCAAUUCUACCGUUUCCCUGGGCCGGAGCCAGAGCCUGUGGGCAUCCACGAGCUGGAGGAGGAGUUGGUUGAGGCUCUGGCCCUGCUCUCCCAGCGGGGGCCUGAUGCCCUGCUCACGGUGGCACUUCGAAAGCCCCCCGGUCAGCGCACAGAUGAGGAGCUGGACCUCAUCUUUGAGGAGCUGCUGCAUAUCAAGGCCGUGGCCCACCUCUCCAACUCGGUGAAGCGGGAAUUAGCGGCAGUUCUGCUCUUUGAACCACACAGCAAGGCAGGGACCGUGUUGUUCAGCCAAGGGGACAAGGGCACCUCGUGGUACAUUAUCUGGAAGGGAUCUGUCAACGUGGUGACCCACGGCAAGGGCCUGGUGACCACACUGCACGAGGGAGACGACUUUGGGCAGCUGGCUCUGGUGAACGACGCACCCCGGGCAGCCACCAUCAUCCUGCGAGAAGACAACUGUCAUUUUCUUCGCGUGGACAAGCAGGACUUCAACCGGAUCAUCAAGGAUGUGGAAGCAAAGACCAUGAGGCUGGAAGAACAUGGCAAAGUGGUGUUAGUGCUGGAGAGAACCUCUCAGGGAGCUGGCCCUUCUCGUCCCCCAACCCCAGGCAGGAACCGGUAUACAGUGAUGUCUGGAACCCCAGAGAAGAUCCUAGAACUUCUGUUGGAGGCCAUGCGGCCUGAUUCUAGUGCUCAUGACCCAACAGAGACCUUCCUCAGCGACUUCCUUCUGACCCACAGUGUCUUCAUGCCCACCGCCCAGCUCUGUGCUGCCCUCCUGCACCACUUCCACGUGGAGCCCGCGGGAGGCAGCGAGCAGGAGUGCAGCACCUACGUCUGCAACAAGAGACAGCAGAUCCUGCGGCUGGUCAGCCAGUGGGUGGCCUUGUAUGGCCCCAUGCUCCACGCUGACCCGGUGGCCACCAGCUUCCUCCAGAAACUGUCGGACCUGGUGAGCAGGGACGCCCGGCUGAGCAACCUGCUGCGGGACCAGUGGCCAGAGAGGCGGCGACACCACAGGUUGGAAAAUGGCUGUGGGAAUGCAUCUCCUCAGAUGAAGGCCCGGAACAUGCCUGUUUGGCUCCCCAGCCAGGACGAGCCUCUCCCCAGCAGCAACUGUGCCAUCCGAGUUGGGGACAAAGUCCCCUAUUACAUCUGCCGGCCGGACCACUCGGUGCUGACCCUGCAGCUGCCUGUGACGGCCUCGGUGAGAGAGGUGAUGGCGGCGUUGGCCCAGGAGGACGGCUGGACUAAGGGGCAGGUGCUCGUGAAGGUCAACUCUGCAGGCGAUGCCAUUGGCCUGCAGCCAGAAGCCCGUGGUGUGGCCACAUCCCUGGGGCUCAAUGAGCGGCUCUUUGUUGUCAACCCGCAGGAAGUGCAUGAGCUGACCCCACACCCGGACCAGCUGGGGCCCACUGUGGGCUCUGCCGAGGGGCUGGACCUGGUGAGUACCAAGGACCUGGCGGGCCAGCUGACGGACCACGACUGGAGCCUCUUCAACAGCAUCCACCAGGUGGAGCUGAUCCACUACGUGCUAGGCCCCCAGCACCUGCGGGACGUCACCACCGCCAACCUGGAGCGCUUCAUGCGCCGCUUCAACGAGCUGCAGUACUGGGUGGCCACGGAGCUGUGCCUCUGCCCUGCGCCCGGCCUGCGGGCCCAGCUUCUCAGGAAGUUCAUCAAGCUGGCGGCCCACCUCAAGGAACAAAAGAAUCUCAAUUCCUUCUUUGCCGUCAUGUUCGGCCUCAGCAACUCGGCCAUCAGUCGCCUGGCCCAUACCUGGGAGCGGCUACCCCACAAAGUCCGGAAGCUCCACGCGGCCCUCGAGAGGCUGCUGGACCCCUCCUGGAACCACCGAGUGUACCGUCUGGCCCUCACCAAGCUCUCCCCUCCUCUCAUCCCUUUCAUGCCCCUUCUUCUCAAAGACAUGACCUUCAUCCAUGAGGGGAAUCACACGCUGGUAGAGAAUCUCAUCAACUUUGAGAAGAUGAGAAUGAUGGCCAGGGCUGCGAGGAUGCUGCACCACUGCCGAAGCCACAGCAAUGUGCCUCUGUCACCACUUAGAAGCCGAGUCUCCCACCUGCACGAGGACAGCCAGGCGGCCAGGAUUUCCACGUGCUCGGAGCAGUCCCUGAGCACCCGGAGUCCAGCCGGCACCUGGGCUUACGUCCAGCAGCUGAAGGUCAUCGACAACCAGCGGGAACUGUCCCGCCUCUCCCGGGAGCUGGAGCCGUGAGGGGGGCUGGGCUGGAGCAGGCGCGCCGGGCCAGGAGGCCCACGGGCCGGCCGCGCCGGGCAGGGCUCUCCGCGGACUUGAACCUGAGGCCCUGGAGCGGGCGGCGUGGAGGCAGCCGUCCCCCGUGAUGACGGGUGGCCAAGGAGGACCUCGGAAUGGACUGAGCCGGGGCCCGAGGCCAAGGAAUGGGGGACAGAGAGGCCCUGGAGUGGGUGGGAGAGCGGAGCACGCGCUCUCUGUGUUCAACAGAGAGCUCUCCACACCAGGCUUUUUCCAGAUUCCCUGCCUCAUGGCUUUGUUGUCCGGCCAUCUCCAGGCCCCUGGGGAGUGUUUUGCAGUGGACUGAGCAUCUGCAUGUGUGUGGCAGGGCCAGGCCUGCUGCCGGGGGAGGCGGGGAGGCGGGGAGGGGUGGCAGCCGUGCUGCUUUUCUUUCCACAGCCUGUGCGAUAAACAGCUGGGUGUGGUCACGGCUGUCUGUCCGGGAGUGGUGGUCCCUGAGGAGCCUAUUGUUACUCUACGUGGACAGAGAGGCUGUGUUCUCUGGCCAGUCCUGGGGGUGUGGCAGGGAAGGCCGAGCCCUGCCCCCUGCCCGGGAGGGUCUCUGGGACCCUGCAGGGCUCCAGGGCUGGCCGCGCCCAGACCGCAUCCCCCCGGGCACAGGAGCUGCAGGAGCCUGGAGCCCUGUGCGGGGCUGGCCCGCGUGGCCCUCAGCUGCCCACAGUGGUCUGAGCGGUCACUCCUCCCCCCCUCCACACUCCACGUCCUGCCCCUCUGCCUGCAGCCUGCUGGGUGGUGCUCUGAGAGGUGGCAGUGACGGAGAGGCCAAGGCAGAGGCUUCUGAGGGGAGCCCAUUCCCUGCUGAGGCCUAAGAGCAUCCAGGAGUCAGGUUUCCUGUCAGUGAUGAGAGUGGUCCCAGCUCUGAGUCUUCUCUCCCCUGCCUUUCCAGAACAUCCCCUGGGAACCAGCUACCUUGAGGACCCCCCUGCCCGGGGACCUCAUGGGAGGAAGCUCCACGUGGGGCCGCCCUGCUCUCUGCUCCUUGCUCCCUGUGGCUGUGAGCCUGGCAGGGGGAGGUGCGCUGUCAGACCCUGAGAGGGGCCUCUCGGCCUCGGGGAUGACCUGGAGUCGGUUCCGAGCAGCAGAGCCCUGGGGCAUGUGGAGGAAGUGGGCCCAUACCUGGGAGGAGGAGGUGGCUGGUACAUCUGCCAGGGCUCAGGCUGGACACACCCUCGCCUCCCCUCACCCCUGCACUGCCAGACCUCUCAUCCCUGUGCUCAUGGACACACACUGCUUCCAGAAAGGGUCAGAGCCCUUGGCAGGAGGCAGCCCAACUGGCAUUAUACCUCAGGUUCCUAAAUGAAUCCGAGCAAAUCAAUGAACAGUUCUCUGCCUCCAUUUCUCCAUCUGUAAGAUGGGUGUGAUGAUCUCAAGUCAGCUCUUAGUGGCAAACAAGUAAACUGCAGCUCUGCCUCUGUAGCCGAGGUGACAGCUGAGGGCCAUCCCAUGUCCUUUGGCUGUUGGGGCAACAUCGCCUCCGAGGAAGUGGGGGAGUCCACUCCCCCAGGGGGCAGACAACAAGGUAACCAAGCCAGUGCCCUUGCCCAUGGGUGGAGAUGGAGGACUCUGAGGCACAGAAGCUUCCAGAGCUGAGCAGUCAUGACAGGAGGUGCAGGCCUGGUGAGUCAGGACUCCCAGGGCCUUUCUUCUUCCUAAACCCAUUGUCUGUCAAAGUUUUGGCAAAGGCCACACCGGCCAGCUGGGCGCCCUUCUCCAUCCUUUCAGACCCACUUUGAGACCAGCCCUGUGGUGAGGAGUGGAAGCCAAGCGUGGAGGGGCUGGUGUCCUCCAUUAGCAUGUCUAUUUUUUUCCCUGUGGUCACACCCGUGUCCCCAGGGAGCUUUGGUGGUGCAGGAAUCUUCCUUCCGCCUUGACUGCACAGCCACCUCCAGCUGCCUUAGUCUCUGGGGCCGGACACCUUUUGAGCCUGUUGGGAGAGGCCUUGUCAGGAGAACAGUGCCAGGGCAGGCAUGGGAACACCGACUGGGAGCCGGAGACCCCAGUGAUGGGCUGGGCCACUGCAGGGGGAAAGGCUCCAGGUUCAUGGUGGCCUCCUUCUCUGAGGACUGUGUCACCUUCUGUCUCCCUGACUGCCCAGGCAUGGGGUGGAGGGAUGGCAUCCCUCGUGUGCCCUCACAGCCGAGGCCAUGCGCAGGGGGCCCCCAGUGUGUGGCCCAGCGUCUGGAGAGCUGUGAUGGGAGGGGGAAGUCACGGAACUGCUGAAAGAAGGAAGUGUGAGGUCGGGCCUUUAAAAAAUCUUUUACCUAAAAGGGGGUAAAGCAGAGAGGGAGAGUGUCUGUGUCCUAUGGGGAGAAAGAGCAGAAGCGUUAAUUCCUAACAUUGCUCUUUCGGCUGCUUAUCCUUAGUUUCCCUGCGAAGCCCUGGGGCAGGCUGGGGACCAGGCCAGGACUGUAACUGGGGGGUGCACACCAGGGAGGGUCCUCCUCCGGCAGGCUGAGCAGGACCUGGUGAAGGGGUAGGGCAGCCUGGGGAGCCCCGACCCUCCGGCUGCUCCCACUUCUCUCCUGGGAGCCAGCCCUCCUCUCUCUCCCCAAGCCCCCUCCAAGCCGGACAGACCUGGAGCUGGCGACCCAGCACCCUCCCCGCCAAUGUGUGCAGCAGG